GUUGAAUGGACUAUGAGGCCAUAAUUAGUUGCUAAUUGGGUGAGGGCGGCUGUAAUUGGCUUUUUUGGCACUGACCUGGCUCACCUGCCUAGGGGGAAGAGGGGCGAGUAUGGAUGGCUCCUAGGGAGGCUUCUGGGUCUCCAAUCUGGACAGCCUGAUCCAGAGAUGGGAUUGAAGAGGACAGAUUUUGAGGGGCUUGGGGCCAGAGGAACCUGAAGCCUACCCCCCAGGGAGGAGGCAGCUUAAACCCCAGGCAAAACCCUGGGUCUGGCUUCUAGGGGUUCCCAUCUAGAACAUCCCUAGGGGUGUGGUGGGAGGUGGGACUGGGAGAGCCAGCCCCUGAAUCAAAGGUGACAGCCUCUCCUGCCCAGCCCCAUGUGGGACCUGGACCUGAACAAAUGGUAAAUGCCUAGGAGAGGGUCCAUGGGAGCACAAGGCAGAUGUCACCCUGGUAUGUCAAGGCAGAUGCUGGGGCCCUGGAUUGGCCUGGCCAGGGUUGGAGUCUUGGCAUUGAGGUAUGAGUGAGGUGGGUGUGCUGAGCAGGGAGAAAGGUGCAUGCAAAGGCUUUAGGGAGGCCCUGCCCCCAGCUCGCCUGGCUGGGGCUCCAGGGUUGCAAGGCUGUGGCCAGGGGCUGAGGCCUUCCGGCUGGCCGCUCAUUAAAAGAGGAUUAGGCCAGGAGCCAGUGGGUCAGCCCUGCCCCUGGGCCUUCCUCUGGGGCCCCUCACAGCUUGAGGGAGUGGUAAAGGGGCUGGGGGCCAACCCUCCCUAGAGCCCACGGGGGUGUCCAGGAGGGACCCUGCCAUUCCUGCUGCUGCCACUGCUACCAUCUCCUUAUCCACCUCAGUUUCCCUCCUCAGAAGGGCAGGGGGAUAAAGUACUGACCAGAGACCCUGGCCAGCACCCCCACCCUUCACCCCCAGCCUCAUUUCUCUUCAUCUUAGGGAUUAAGGCUGGACCAGCCCACAUGAAGUCAGAGGUCAGGGCUGAGCUGCCGGGACCUGUCUAUCACCUCCCAGUACCCAAGCACAGCCCAGAGAGGUGACACUGUCAGUCAGGGCCUGCUGCUUUGUAGGGCUGUAACCAAGGGGGCGGGGUACCCAUCUCUGAUCCAAGACCCCCCUUUUGCAGCAGCCCCUGCCUCACUGGCAACAGACCUGGUGUCCUAGAGACGGGCAGCAGGGGUCGGGGGCCGCCCACUCGGGGUCUUCGGGUGAGGGCUGCAGACACGCCUCCUCAGUGCUGUCCUCGCCCACCACCUCCUUUAAAGUAAGGCAUCAUCAGCUGCUUCCCAGAGAGGAGGAAACAGAGACCCCCAGGAUUAAGCCUCCUAUACACUGAGAAAAUUCCUGCCUCUGGACUUUUGCCAGGCCGUUCUGGGCCAGGACCCCAAGUGUCUAAUGGCCAUGGGAGAGUGCUAGAGGCUGGAAACGACUGCGGAAAUGAGGUGUCUGAUGCCAGAAAAGGCUCUUCCUUCCCCAUGACGGGAAAAGCCUUCCCGGAUGUCACCCCACCCAACCUGUGCCCAGCCUGGAUGAGGGCAUGGGGGUGGGGAGCUCUUCCCUGGAGCAUCACUCAGGCACACCACCCUCCCUCCCCAAGGUCAAAGCUUAUACAAACUUGAAUCCCUGACACCCACAGAGCCUUUGGUUGUGCCCCAGCCCCUCCCUCUGUAUUGUCCUGGGGGUGGGGGAGGGGCGACACUCCUGCUAUCUGAGCUGGGCCUGGGGCAAGUGGAGCAGAGGUGGGACUGGCCUGAGGACAGGAGCAACCUCAGUCCGUGUCAGCUCCCCCACAUACAUCCAUGCCCCCUCAGGCCCCCAGGUCCCCUUGGCCCAAGUCCCUGCUCCUCAGUGGGGCUGGGGGCCAGUAGGCUCUAGCCCUGCUGACACUGCAGGUGUCAGAGCAGGAUGCCCAGGGCUACUCAACCACCAUCUGCGCUGACCCGGGCUUCUUGGAGGAGUGAAGGCCCCCUGUUCCUCUACCCUGCGGCAGAGUGAGGAGGUGGGGGCAGCACACCAGUUUCACUUCUCACCCUGUGACCUAAGAGCUUAAGGCCACAGGCACGGCCCACUUCUUCAACUUCCUGCUCAACACAACUGAUUACCGAAUCCUGCUCAAGGAUGAGGACCAUGACCGCAUGUAUGUGGGCAGCAAGGACUACGUGCUGUCCCUGGACCUGCAUGACAUCAACCGCGAGCCCCUCAUUAUCCACUGGGCAGCCUCCCCACAGCGCAUUGAGGAGUGCGUGCUCUCAGGCAAGGAUGGCAACGGUGAGUGCGGGAACUUCGUCAGGCUCAUCCAGCCCUGGAACCGAACACACCUGUAUGUGUGCGGGACCGGCGCCUACAACCCCAUGUGCACCUAUGUAAACCGCGGCCGCCGCGCGCAGGCCACGCCCUGGACCCAGAUGCAGGUGGUCAGAGGCCGAGGCAGCAGAGCCACUGAUGAUGCCCUCCACCCGACGCCCACAGCCCCACGCCAGGAUUACAUCUUCUACCUGGAGCCUGAGAAACUCGAGUCAGGAAAGGGCAAGUGUCCCUACGACCCCAAGCUGGACACAGCCUCAGCCCUCAUCAAUGAGGAGCUCUAUGCAGGUGUGUACAUCGACUUCAUGGGCACCGACGCAGCCAUCUUCCGCACGCUUGGAAAGCAGACGGCCAUGCGCACGGAUCAGUACAACUCUCGGUGGCUCAAUGACCCUUCAUUCAUCCAUGCCGAGCUCAUCCCUGACAGCGCCGAGCGCAACGACGACAAGCUCUACUUCUUCUUCCGUGAGCGGUCCGCGGAGGCACCGCAGAGCCCCGCCGUGUAUGCCCGCAUCGGGCGGAUCUGCCUGAACGAUGACGGCGGCCACUGCUGCCUGGUCAACAAGUGGAGCACAUUCCUGAAGGCAAGGCUGGUCUGCUCUGUGCCAGGCGAGGAUGGCAUCGAGACCCACUUUGACGAGCUCCAGGAUGUGUUUGUUCAGCAGACCCAGGAUGUGAGGAACCCAGUCAUUUAUGCUGUCUUUACCUCCUCGGGCUCUGUGUUCCGAGGCUCUGCCGUGUGUGUCUACUCCAUGGCUGACAUUCGCAUGGUCUUCAAUGGGCCCUUUGCCCACAAGGAGGGCCCCAACUACCAAUGGAUGCCCUUCUCAGGGAAGAUGCCCUACCCACGGCCCGGCACGUGCCCUGGUGGAACCUUCACGCCAUCCAUGAAGUCCACCAAGGACUAUCCUGAUGAAGUGAUCAACUUCAUGCGCACCCACCCACUCAUGUACCAGGCCGUUUACCCUCUGCAGCGGCGGCCCCUAGUGGUCCGCACAGGCGCUCCCUACCGUCUCACCACUGUUGCCGUGGACCAGGUGGAUGCAGCCGACGGGCGCUAUGAGGUGCUUUUCCUGGGCACAGACCGCGGGACAGUGCAGAAGGUCAUCGUGCUGCCUAAGGAUGACCAGGAGAUGGAGGAGCUCAUGCUAGAGGAGGUGGAGGUCUUCAAGGACCCAGCACCUGUUAAGACCAUGACCAUCUCUUCCAAGAGGCAACAACUGUACGUGGCCUCAGCCGCGGGAGUCACACACCUGAGCCUGCACCGCUGCCAGGCAUAUGGGGCCGCCUGUGCCGACUGCUGCCUUGCCCGGGACCCCUAUUGUGCCUGGGAUGGCCAAGCCUGUUCCCGCUAUACAGCGUCCUCUAAGAGGAGGAGCCGCCGGCAGGACGUCCGGCACGGGAACCCCAUCAGGCAGUGCCGUGGGUUCAAUUCCAACGCCAAUAAGAAUGCCGUGGAGUCUGUGCAGUAUGGCGUGGCAGGGAGCGCAGCCUUCCUUGAGUGCCAGCCCCGCUCGCCCCAGGCUACCGUUAAGUGGCUGUUCCAGCGAGAUCCCAGUGACCGGCGCAGAGAGAUGCGUGCAGACGACCGCUUCCUGCGCACGGAACAGGGCUUGCUGCUUCGCGCCCUGCAGCUUGGUGAUCGCGGCCUCUACUCCUGUACAGCCACCGAGAACAACUUCAAGCAUGUCAUCACACGAGUGCAGCUGCAUGUACUGGUCCAGGACGCCGUCCAUGCUGCCCUCUUCCCACCCCCAGCUGUGAGCGUCCCACCGCCCCCAGGCGCCGGGCCCCCCACACCCCCUUACCAGGAGCUGGCCCAGCUCCUGGCCCAGCCAGAAGUGGGCCUCAUCCACCAGUACUGCCAGGGCUACUGGCGCCAUGUGCCCCCCAGUCCCAGGGAGGCCCCAGGGGCACCCAGGCCUCCUGAACCCCAGGACCAGAAAAAACCCCGGAACCGCCGCCACCACCCGCCGGACACAUGAGGCCUGCUGUCUGAGCCCUGCGAUGGGCCGGCCUAGUCCUCGUCCCUUUUAAUAUAAAAGAUAUAUAUAUAUAUAUAAAAUAUCUAUAUUCUAUAUACACCCUGCCCCUGCAAAGACAGUAUUUAUUGGUGGGUUGUAAAUAGCGUGCCUCAGCGGCAGCAUCAUCCAAAACUUAGACCCAUGCUGGUCAGAGACGGCAGAAAACGGAGCCCACCUAACCAGGCCCGGCCAGUUGGCCGGGCCGGGCCAGGACCACACAGUCCCCAGGCUCAGCUGGGAGUCUACCUGCUCGACAGCCACCGCCAAGAUCUACAGGACACAGGGAGGGAGCAAGCUCUACCUGGAUGGGGCACGGACUGUACACCUUCGCCCAUGUGUGCUGUUGGCAUACAUGUGGAUGCGAGGACUGCUUUGGAGACCGGGGGUGGGGGUGAGGGCUCAGAUGCGCUCAGAGAAGGGAAGAAGGGGCUGGCACAGGAUGCCGGCUCCUGCCUGGGAGAGGGGCACUCAGUCAAGGCCAGCCCUUUCCUGGGUAUUUAUUCUCUAUUUAUUGGGGACAGGAGAAGAGGAGCCCUGUCUGGGUGGGGCAGCCCCUCCAGCCCCUCCUUCCCUCCCUGCCUGGCCACUCUACCUCUUUGCUUUCUCCGUGCCGCUGUGAUGCAGGGGCUGGGAGAAAAGCAGAGGGGCCAGGCUGAGGGGAGAGGGGGUCAUGGUGGAGGCCUGGGGCCUGCAGGGGCUCCCCAGGGCUCCCUUCUGCCCACCACUUCAGAUGAUGGGUGUAAAUAGCUCUGGGGGGCAGUUGGGUAGGUGGGUGGGGGCUCCUGGCAGCCCUCUGCUGUUCAGGCCACACCUGCCCUUGGGUUCCAUCUUGCUAAUAAACACUGGCUCUGGGACUGGA